AAGCUUCAUAGAGCAGCAAGUCCUUUGCUUUGCUCAUCUGAUCCAUGUGUUUUAUUCUAAGUCAAACAUGUAUGAAGAAAAAUAAAUCUUGUUUGUCAAUCUUGGAUGAUGUUUUUUGGUAGAGCGUCCCCUCAACUUGUCUGUGCACUUGUAAUUUUACUGCAUGCGGGAAGUGCUGUUGGAUUCAAUUCAACAUCCGGAGCUGCUGGGGUUAGGUGCAUAGGGAGGGAAAGGCAAGCGCUUCUCAUGUUUAAACAAAGUCUGGUUGAUGAGCAAGGUGUGCUUUCCACAUGGGGAAGUGAAGAACGGAGGAAGGAUUGUUGCAGCUGGACAGGAGUUAAAUGUAGCAACAGAACUGGGCACGUAAUUUGGCUUGAUCUUCAUGAUAAAUCUUUAAGUGGUACGCUGAGUCCUUCUCUGUUUGAAUUGCAGUAUUUAACUUAUUUAAACCUCUGUUUGAAUGAUAUUGGUUCUAUCUGCAUUCCAGAGUCAAUUAGUUCACUCAAGCGAUUAAAAUUUCUUGACCUUUCCGCUAAUAGGUUAAUUGGAUCUCUUCCUAGCCUACUAGGAAACCUCACAAGUUUGCUACACCUUGAUCUUGGGUUUAAUGAAUUUCAUAGUGUUGAAAAUCUAGAGUGGCUCUAUCAUCUUUCUUUUUUGAAAUACCUUGAUCUGAGUGGAAUUGACCUUAGCAAGGUUAAUAAUUGGCUGCAGGUGGUUAAUAAGCUUCCUCAUCUAACUAACCUGUAUCUCAGUUCUUGUAAUCUUCUAGAUGUCGUUCCUGAACCUCUCCCCAUGAACAAUAGUUCUAUUUCUCUUGCUGUCCUUGAGUUAUCUUAUAAUAACUUGACUGCUGCAAUGUUCCAAUGGCUUUUCAACUUUAGCAAUAGCCUUGUCUAUCUCGACCUAUCUUACAAUCAGUUACAAGGUUUGAUUCCUGAAGCUUUUGGUAAGAUGAUUUUCCUAGAAGGACUAUCUCUCUCUGAUAAUCAAUUUGAAGGUGGGAUUCAAAAAUCCUUUGGCAACAUGUGCAAAUUAAGGCUUCUAGACCUGUCAUAUAACAAUCUCGAAGGAAUGCUUCCUGAGUUCUUUGGUGACUUAUCCGGAUGUCUAGAACUUACCUUGGAGUCUUUGUACAUAAUUAGUAACAGCUUCAUGGGACCCUUGCCCGAUGCAAUUAGAAACUUUUCGUCAUUGAAGGUGUUGUUUCUUUCAGACAAUGCACUAAAUGGGACUGUACCCAACUUGAUCGGACUCUUGUCCGAGCUUGAGUGUUUAUAUCUCGGGGGCAAUUCUUUUAAUGGGGUGAUCACUGAGGCACAUUUCUCAAAGCUUUCCAAGUUAAAAGGGUUGGCUUUGUCUUCUAAUUUUUUGCGCUUCAACAUUAGCCCUGACUGGAUUCCACCUUUCCAGUUGGAUUUCAUAUUUCUCCGUUCUUGCAAGUUAGGUCCAAAAUUUCCAAAAUGGCUACAGACUCAAAGAAGCUUCUUGUUUCUUGAUAUCUCUAGGAACGAAAUUUCAGAUAGCAUUCCCGAUUGGUUUUGGAAACUAUCUUCUGGAGCAGAUCAGAUCAAUAUUUCUAGCAACCUCAUCUAUGGAAUUCUACCAUAUUUCUCAAUGAAGUUUUCUGGUUAUCCUGGGAUAGAUUUGAGUCAUAAUAAGUUGGAGGGUCCAUUACCACUAUUCCCUGCUAAUAUGUCGUCCUUAUCACUCUUCAACAAUGGAUUUUCUGGGAAUAUUUCUUCUCUCUGUUCUGUAACUGGUAACACAUUUCAGUUGCUUGAUAUCUCGUUCAAUCAACUAUCUGGAGAGCUUCCUGAUUGCAUGGCAAGUUGGUCAAAUUUAAUGAUUCUAAAUUUGGGUCACAAUCAUUUAUUUGGGAAAAUUCCAAUCUUUAUUGGAUCUCUUAACAUGCUUGAAACGUUGGUUUUGCGCAACAACAGCUUCUCUGGUGAAAUACCUUGGUCUUUAGGAGAUUGCAAUCACUUGCAAUUUGUGGACAUGAGUCAUAAUAAUUUCUCAGGACCACUUCCAGGCUGGAUUGGGGAAAGAUUGGUCAACCUAACCUACCUUCUCCUUAGAUCCAAUAAUUUCUACGGAGAUAUCCCCUUACGGCUAUGCCAAUUGACAAAAAUGAUGGUGCUGGACUUCUCUAACAACACACUCUGUGGAAACAUACCAUGGUGCAUUGAUAAUAUGACUGCCUUGACCAAAAAGGAGAAUUUGGUCGAUGAUCAUUGGUAUGUUGUUUAUGUGAGAAAUAAUAUGCAGUUUGCUACUAACUAUGGUGAUAAAGCAUAUAUUGUGUGGAAAGGAACAGAAUAUGAAUUUGCAAAAAAUCUGAAUUUUCUGAGGCUCAUUGAUCUUUCAAGCAACAAGUUAACUGGAGAAAUUCCACAGCAGAUAUGUAGUCUCUUUGAACUAGUGCAAUUGAAUUUAUCAAGAAAUCAAUUGACGGGAAGGAUUCCAGCAGAUAUAGGACAAAUGAAAAGCUUAGAAUCACUUGAUCUGUCACGAAACCAGCUUUCAGGCCAGCUUCCUUCAAGCAUGUCCCAAUUAAAUUUUCUCAAUACCUUGAAUUUGUCAAAUAACAACUUUUAUGGGAGAAUUCCGGUAGGCACCCAAUUGCAGACCUUUUCUCCUUAUGCAUUUGCUGGUAAUUCUGCACUAUGUGGGCCUCCGCUAACGCCAACAUGCUCGGAAGAUGAGAAACCUUCGGCUGGUGGUGGUAGAGAUAGCCAAGAUGAUGGGGACGAAUUCUGGAAAGGGUUUAAACCCAGCAUGGAACUCGGAAUGGCUUUUGGGUUUUUGGGAGUUCUGGCUUUAAAGUUGGAUCAUCCAUGGAAACAUGUCUGCAUCCUGCUAUUCAACUACAUGAAGAUCCCCCUCAACAACUUGAAAGGCUACCUCUGUUUGAUUGUUGCAGCAUUUGGUUUGGUGGUAACGGUGAAUGCUACCAGAUUGCGAAGAAAGUUGAGGUUUUGAAACCCAUCACUCUUUCUGUAGAGUGUGGAGAAGUGGGUUCAAAAUGUUUGUUAAGGCUUCAGCCUUCAAGGACUCAACUUCUAUGGUGAUGUGAAAUUCCAAUGUGUCUUUUCAAUCCUCAUAGGAUUCCGUAUCUGGCUUCCUUUCUUUCUAUCUAUGUGCUCUGUUAUUUUGUGGUAUGAACUCUGAAUGGAUGGUUUGUGUCUUGUGUUGUAUUAGCUUUCAUCCCCUUGUGUUGGAUGGUUUGUUCUGUUUUCCUCAAAGGGCAAUAUUUCAAUAAAAUCAGCGAUGCAAAUCAUAGUUAUUAAACUAAUCCUUUUGUU